AUGCACAUCACCCCCAACCGUACACCCGAGCUAUGGCUGCUCUACAACAGAGUCACAAAAGCCUUCAACCAUCCUGCAUGGAACAAGCCAUCCUUCUUCCCCAAACCCAUCCGACUCGUCCGGAACUCCCCGCCAAGCAUGUCCAUAUUGCGGCAUCCCAGACCACCAUCUCAGCGUCUGCCCGGACUUUCGUCGUCUAUCCCCUGA